AAGUGACUUGGCCGGCCAAAUUGUCCAAAGGAUGUCGCAGAAGUUCCCUCCCGUGCAAGGAGGAGGCUCCCUCAUUGUCGCUUGGCAGGCAAAGGAGAAGCAUGUUUUGGUAGUUGGCGGUGGAGAAGUGGCCGCAGGUCGCAUCCUCCACGCUCUCAACGCCGAUGCCAAAGUAACCGUGGUCUGUCCUGCAUCCGGUCUCAAUGAUGAAGUGGCUUUCAGGGUGGCAGAAGGCCAGGUUAGCCACAUCGAUAGGAACUUUGACGCAGCCGAUUUGGAAGGGGCAGACAUGGUGCUCUGUGCCAUUGACGAUCCGGACGCCUCGACGCAGGUUUGGAAGCUUUGCAAGGAGAAGCGGAUUCCCGCGAACAUAGCUGAUGUACCCUCGGAAUGUGAUUUUUACUUCGGUAGCGUAUAUCGCGAUGGGCCAUUGCAAGUGAUGGUCAGUACCAAUGGAAACGGACCCAAACUCGCCAGUAUCGUUCGGAAGAAGAUAGCGAGCACUCUGCCCGAUAACAUGGGUGCAGCAAUAGACAACGUGGGUAAGCUGCGGAAGAAGCUCAGGGAAGUCGCUCCCAAUACCGACCAAGGACCGAAACGAAUGAAGUGGAUGUCUGGCGUUUGCGAGUCAUGGAGCUUAGAGGACCUCGUCCAGAUGGAUGACAAGGAUAUGGACGGUCUUUUGGCCCAUUACGCAACUGGAAAGAUCCCGACCCUGACCGAAGUCCGGUCCAGCUGACGAGGCUGAGUAGAGAUCAUAUAGCACACCUUGUUCGACACCUAGACGAUGAAACAUUACUGAUCAAGGACAUGCAUUCGGACCUGUCAAAUACCCACCGGGUAAUGAGAAGAAUCCGGCAACGCCCUCAUAAAAAUGAUAUUUUGUACAUACAAAUAUAGGGCCCGUCGGAUGAGCUUCAAUGGAAAUAAAAGACAAAAACGCAAUGCUGUGCUAGGUCUACAUUCAAUACUCCUCCAGAUCGAGAAAAGCCCUACAGUGUUGUAGGCGAGGAUAUCCAAAAGAAAAAAGCAGCGCAAAGUAAACGGGUAGAAGAAGGCAAUGUCAACGCACGAAACUCAAACACUGGCCGUCGCUGCUCAACGUCCUCCACUGUGCUUGCGGGAAGAAUACUGGUUCGACACGGAGUUCCGGUGACUAGACGGCGCUGGCAGAGAUGACUGAG